CCCUCUUGCCGCCGGUAACCUGACUCCAGUCCGCCAUGUUGCUGUUGGUGACCUUGACGGUCGUCCUGCUGCCCUGUCUGCACGCGCAAAGGUUCACGGGUAAGGCUGACUGCACGUUCGAGCAGGGCUUGUGCUCGCUGAAGCAGGCACAGGAUGACUCGUGGGACUGGGAGAGACGCAAGGGCAACGACAGAUACUACAAAACUCUACCCAAACAGGACCAUAGUCUGGGAACAGGUGAGGGCUACUUCCUGGCGGUGCGAUCUCCCAUCAUGCCUAUCGUGGGUGAGCGGUCGGCGCGGCUGGAGACCGGCAUGCUUCGCGCGGGACGACACUGCCUCACCUUCUACCACAGGUACUACGCGUCCUACAUGGCCUACAACUUCCCGGCAACCAUGAACAAGUUGAACGUGUACGUCAUGUCCGGCGAUCAGCUGGGAGAUGCGCUCUGGAGCAUCAAAGAUGGAGACCUGUGGACUAAAGCACAAAUCAACAUCAACACACCACGGGACUUCCAGAUUAUAUUUGAGGCGGAGGUGAGGUCAGAGUUCAAGGGCAGCAUCGCGCUGGAUGACAUCAGCAUCGCCGGGGGGUCGUGUGAAGAGAGUUGUAAGGACUCGUUCUACGGCUGUUGUAUGGACGGCAUCACAUCAGCAGCAGGACCGAACUAUCAGGGCUGCAGGGCGGAACUGGAGAAUCUCAUCCAAAUUCCUGAGGACUCCACAAAGAUAGAGCAGUUCCCAGGAAAAGAAAUGAUGUACGAUAGAAAGUGCUGGAAGCUGAACUAUGCUAAUGCUUCAACUCUCUGA